GGAUGACGGCCAAGGUUCUGCGAGAUCUCUGCAAACAGCACAAACUCUACGUGACGCCUCGACUCAACGACGUGCUGUACCUCCACUACAAGGGCUUUGCCCGUAUCGAGGCGCUGGAGGAGUACAGCGGCCUGCGCUGCCUCUGGCUCGAGUGCAACGGCCUGCGGCGCAUCGAGGGCCUGGGGGCCCAGCUGGAGUUGCGCUGCCUCUACCUGCAGCAGAACCUCGUGAGGCGCGUCGAGAACGUCGCCCACCUGGUGCACCUCGACUCGCUCAACCUCAACCACAACUGUCUACGGGACCUCGAUGGUGUCGCGUCCCUGCCGGCGCUCACCACCCUCCAGGUGUCCCACAACCACCUGGAGUCGCUGGACUCCAUCAGGGCCCUGGCCUCGUGCCCCCGCCUCAGUGUCCUCGACCUCUCGCACAACCUCAUCCGCGACCCGCAGCUCGUCGACAUCCUCGCAGCCAUGCCCAGCCUGCGCGUGCUGACCCUGACGGGGAACGCGGUGGUGCGGGACAUCCCCGACUACCGCCGCACGCUCACCGUGCGCCUGCCCCACCUCACCUUCCUGGACGACCGCCCCGUGUUCCCCAAGGACAGGGCGUGUGCCGAGGCCUGGGCACGGGGGGGCCGGGCGGCGGAGCGUGCGGAGCGCGCCGCGUGGGAGACGCGGGAGCGCCGGCGCCUGCAGGAGGCCACCGCGGCGCUGGGGCAGCGGCGCUCGGGGCGGAGAGUCCGGGCCGACGGUGACAGCUCCUCCACCACAGGGGCCAGUGGCAAGCAGACCGGCGGUGGCGGCGCCUGCGGUGGGGGCGGUGAUGAGGGCGGUGAAGGCGGUGAGGGCGGUGAGGGUGGUGAGGGUGGUGAGGGCGGUGAGGGUCAUGAGGGUGUUGAUGGUGGUGAGGGUGGUGAGGGUGUUGAUGGUGGUGAGGGUGGUGAGGGUGUUGAUGGUGGUGAGGGCGGUGAGGGUGGUGAGAGCGGUGAGGGCGGUGAGGGUGGUGAGAGCGGUGAGGGUGGUGAGGGUGGUGAGGUUGGUGAGCCACAGUUGGACCGCCGUCCCGAUGGGACUGGGCCGGGAGGUGCGGUGAGGCCGGGCGGCAGCAGCAGCAGCAGUAGCGGCAGGAGCAGCAGCCGCGUGCAGGAGGUGGAGGAUGGUGGCAGCGCGGGACGACACCAGCAGAAACAUCAGCCUUGACGACUUGCCCGACCUGGAGGAGGCGCCGGUCUGUGGUGAGGAACUGUGGGACCCGGCCUCUCAGCACCCCGGGGAGGUGCUGUUCCCCUGGCAAAGCCCAGCAGCCAUCGGGGCCGGCAGGGCCCCUGGGGUCGCUGGGGAGCGUGGCGCGUCGUGCCGGGGCGUGGUGAAGCGGCCGCUCAUCGAGGAGAUCUCGUCCAUGCCUGCCCAGGGCCUGCUCGCCUCCCUUGGGCCGUCGUAAACCAGACGACACUGAGGGCCGUUCAAUUUCGAUUUAAAGCUUUCGUGACUGCAGGGAUUCAUCUUCUUGGUUGAAGACAGAGUCUUCAGACGCUGUCUUCUCGACAGACCUGUUCUUCAGCUGUUGUGGCCGAAACGUCGUGAGAAUUAUUUUAUAAUGUUUUAUUUUUAUUCUUUUAUUAUUUCCAUUCUACCUGACUUUACCGAAAGAACCAAGAAAACUGAGGGCCGUGUUAGACCGGCUCACCGUGUUAGACCGGCUCACCGUGUUAGACCGGCUCACCGUGUUAGACCGGCUCACCGUGUUAGACCGGCUCACCGUGUUAGACCGGCUCACACUGAGAGUCGUGUUAGACCGGCUCACCGUGUUAGAUCGGCUCACUCUGAGAAAGCCGUGAGCCAGUUUAACGUGAGACCUAUGAUGUACGUGUUUUAUGGGUUUAAAUAUAAUUAAACUGUGACACCAGUUUAAACUGAGUUGUGAUCAACCAGUAUUACAUGAAGCUGAUAUCCGUCGGUGUGAGCCCAGUGUGGAGUUUGUGUGUGUAUGGAACGAGACCUGGGCCUCAGGGACUGAUGCUCAGGAUGGAUUCGUCGUCUGCAGCAGCAGCAGCAACAGUCUGUGAGCCAUGAAUAUCAACAUUAAACAGGGAGAAGGAACCCAUGUUUCGUUUUGUCUCUCUCUGUGUGUCUGUGUGUCUGUGUUGUGUGUCUCUCUCUCUGUGUGUCUGUGUGUCUAUGUUGUGUGUCUCUCUCUGUGUGUCUAUGUUGUGUGUCUCUCUCUGUGUGUGUCUCUGUGUUAUCUCUCUCUGCUUGUGUGUCUGUCUGUGUGUCUCCGUGUCUGUGUUCUGUCUUUCUCUCAAAUUUAGCAAUCUUUGUAGGAACAUUAAUCAACCAGGUGAGGUGUUAUUGACUGUUAUGUUAGCCGACU